AAUUGAACAAUUGAGGUUUAUCUACUGUAUACAUGUCAAAAAAAUUUAAAUUGUACCCCUGAAAUAUGUGCAUUGUGUUGUAUGUCAGUUACGCCUGAAUAACUCUGUUUUAAAAAUAUCAGGAAAAUGGAUCCCAUUUUCUAAGAAUUCCGGAGGUGUUGUGUACCCUUCUGAAGAUGUCUUUCCCAGGAAGAAGGACUAUCUUGCUUAAAAAGAUCUUUCUUAUAUUUCACCAAAAUCUCUUUUAGUAUACUGUAAACAUUUUAUUUUCCCUUUAAAAAAUAGUAACAGCUCACACUGCUUUAUUUUGAACGUUGAAUCACUUUUGGUGGUAUAAUCUUACAUAGUUUGGAUUCCUUAUAAGCUGAUCCUAAAGUCGUGAGAUGGAGAGUAAAUAUAAGGAGACACUCUCGCUAACCCCCCUGGAUAACAUCACUGAUGAGGAACUGGAUAGCUGUAAGUUCUUUCUUCCAGAUGGGUUUAAUAUUGCCGCAGGCAAACUACAUACUGGAAACAGCACAAGUAGCCAACUUGAUGAUUUAAAAUGCUGGCGUGGAGUCUGCAGUGAGGAAGACCGUAUUUUUCAGAAGUUGAAUUACAUGCUUGUGGCAAAAUGUCUUCCGGAAGAGGAGGAAACGGGUAUACGUGGGAGUCCCGCAUCUGCCCGGUCCCUUUCUCAGUCAAGACUUGGCCUUUCCUUUCAUGGCAUUUUCUGGGAAUUAUUGUUGAGGGAAACGGGAUAGCACUAAGCUAUUCAUGAGGGAUCCACCCCGUUAU